UUGGCUGCUAGCUUGGUGUCAGUUUUUUAGAAUAUAAGUAAUUUUCCGUGGUUUUGCUGAUUUAAAUGAUGGCGGGUCGAUUAAAAUUAAUUAAACUACUUCAGCAUGCAAGAAAACUUUGUAAAGUAACUGCUGCACCCGCUGUCAUGUUUGGGACAGUGGCAGUUGGCUUCAAAAGGAAUACAUGGAAUGCGGACAAGAAAGAUUCCAUAGUGUUUCUGUCAAAAGAAGAAAAUGCAAAACCUUCAAAAGUGCAGAUCAAAAUGACAAAAAAUGGAGAAAACAGAGAAGACCCUGUGCUGCCGAAUGGCGAUUACAACUGGAGCUGUAAAUGUAUCGAACAUGACGUUGUGGGGCCUUGUAACAUAUCAUUCCGACCCCUAGCGAAGUUCAUGCAUGAUAACAAGAUCAAAGAAACCCUCGAUGUUUUGCCACAAGAGUUACGUGGACAGUUUGAUAGCCUGAUGGACGACUACCUAUCUUGUACUAUGGACCACCCAAAAUACUACGUUAACCUACUGUCAUUAGAAGAACUGGAAGAUAUACGAGAUGAGAAGGUCGCAGAGCAACAAAAACUGAAAGAUAGGGAGCUCCAUACUCAAAGAUUUGGGAAGGACACAGUGUUUUUCAUCUCUAAGGAAGAGAACAAGAUCCCAUGUAAAGUGGUAAUCCCAAAGGGUGAAGAUUUAGAGGAGUUUCGAGAACCUCUCAAUCCUGACGGCACCGUAAACUGGGCUUGUGGAUGUAUAGAAAGAGACGUGGUCGGCCCAUGCAACUCUGAGUUCCGUGUUUUCCGACAACUCAUUCAUGACACCAAGGGCUAUAAGGAUGAUAUGCCUAUGGAAAAGCAGAUGGAGCUACAUACAAUUAUUAAAAGCUACUUUGACUGUAUGAAUGAACAUCCAAUUUAUUAUGCGGCGACGCUAAAAAGGACAACUGAGGGUGAUGAUAGUGAAGAUGUAGAUGUUAAAGCUGACAAUAAUAAUGAUACUGAUUCUAAAGGAGAGGUUUCACCUUGAUAGUAAAUCAUUGUAAAUUUUUGGUAAACAUUUUCAUAGAAAAUAAUUGUGAAUUAAACAAACAAAAAAUGUU